UCACGUAGAUAUAUAUUCAUAUUCAUACGCGAAAGUGAAAGAGAGACCGAAACAAAACAAGGUGGCAGCAGAGUCUGUAGUCUGUAUGUUUGCAUGUAUCUGAAGAAAAAAUGAGAAUUGGGAGAGAAGAAGUGGUGGAAGAAGUGAAGAGGCUGCUAUGGUUAGCAGUGCCUCUCUUCUCAGUUGGAAUUUUACAAUACAUUCUUCAAGCCAUCUCUGUCAUGUUUAUUGGCCAUCUUGGUACCCUCCCUCUUUCCGGCGCUUCCAUGGCCUCUUCCUUCGCAUCGGCCACCGGCUUCAACUUAUUGUUGGGGCUAGCUACUGCACUGGACACAUUUUGUGGUCAAUCAAAUGGAGCAGGACAAUACCAUAUGCUUGGAAUACACAUGCAGAGAUCCAUGCUUGUUGUUUUAAUGAUGAGUGUGUUCCUUUCGAUCAUCUGGUACAACACAGAACCAAUUCUCAAGGCUAUGCACCAAGACAAAGCCAUAUCCAAGGAAGCCGGCUCAUACACCCAGUACAUGAUCCCGAGUUUAUUUGCAUACGGUCUUCUUCAGUGCAUUCUCAAGUUCUUGCAAACCCAAAAGAUUGUGUUCCCAAUGGUGCUAACUUCUGGAAUUGCAGCUGUGCUUCAUGUCCUUUUGUGUUGGCUUUUGGUUUUCAAGUCAGGGCUUGGAAUCAAAGGAGCAGCCUUGGCCAAUUCCAUAUCGUAUUGGAUAAAUGUAAUCUUGAUUUCUCUGUAUGUGAGGUUCUCUUCUGCAUGCAAACACUCUUGGACAGGUUUUUCCAAGAUGGCCCUGCACAACCUUCUUGAUUUCCUUAAACUCGCUGCUCCUUCAGCUGUUAUGCACUGCUUGAAAGUGUGGACAUUUGAACUGAUGGUCCUCAUGUCUGGUCUUCUUCCUAACCCAAAAUUAGAAACUUCAGUGCUUUCAAUAUGCCUUAAUACAUUUGGUCUAGCUUGGAUGAUCCCUUUCGGAUUCAGUGCUGCUGUAAGUGUACGGGUCUCCAAUGAACUGGGGAGUGGAAAUCCACAAGCCGCAAGUCUAGCAGUUCGGGUGGUGUUAUCAAUGGCCUUAAUUGAAGGGGUCAUUUUAGUUUCAGCCAUGAUUCUACUGCGGAAUGUCUGGGGACAUGUUUACAGUAAUGACAAAGAAGUGAUCAGAUAUGUUUCAUUCAUGAUGCCAGUUUUGGCCCUUUCUAGCUUUCUAGAUGGGAUCCAAGGUACACUUUCAGGCAUUCUUGCAGGAUGUGGGUGGCAGAAGAUUGGUGCCUAUGUGAAUCUUGGCUCAUUUUAUCUUGUGGGCGUUCCUUGUGCUGUAGUAUUAGCGUUUAUUGUACACAUGAAAGCCAAGGGGCUUUGGAUGGGGAUCAUUUUUGCAUUUAUUGUGCAAGUGUCACUUUACAUAAUCAUUACUUUUCGAACUAAUUGGGAGGAACAAGCAAGGAAAGCUCAAAGGAGAGUUGAACUCAUAACCAUCCCGCCAACUACUAGAGACAGCGUAUUACCGCAUCAAAAACAGGAACUAGUUCCCUAAUCAAUUUAUGGUUAUUGGCUUUAUCAUUCUGAUCCCAAAACCUGCCACCGAAGGACUAAUGUUGUUGUAUACAGCCCCAAAUUGGGAACAAGUAAUGGAAUAAAGAUUGGAAGGGCCAUGAAUUUCAAAGACAUACAUUUAUAGAACUUUUGUGCAUUGUAACCAGUGGAAGAACAAAAAUAACAACUCAAAUGACUACCUAUUUCAGAAUGAAUUUCAUAAAAACAUGGCUUUGGAAA